CGUGCUCGCUCUUCGGCCUUCCGCUGCUUCGACCGUUGCCCGUUGGCACCGGCCUUUCCCGGCCCAGCGCGCAGCCGCGGCCCGGCCUCCCUUCGGGCCCGCCUCCGAGGAACGUCAUUUCCGGGCCGAUUGUUUCCGGGUCGCCGCUGGCCCCGGGUACUGGUCUCGAGCCCCUGCAGCCGCCGUCAGCGGCUAGAGCCCACCCGGCCCGGUCCGGCGGCGCCCGUGGCUCUUUCUCGCUCCCCUCAGCCGGGCGUCUCCGGGGCGGCGGCGGGAACACUCCACUGGUCCAGGCGGGCAACAUGUUAGUGCUUCUAGCCAUGUCCCUGCCUCUAAGCCAGAGGCCAUGGAGAAGAUAAGGUAGCCCCUCAUCCCUGGAUCUGAUGGGGAAGCCCAGUUCAAUGGAUACAAAAUAUAAGGAUGACUUAUUUCGGAAGUACGUGCAGUUCCAUGAGGGCAAAGUGGACGCCACCCCCAGCAAGCAGCGGCCUGGCAAUGAUGAGUACCUGCGGGUGGCAGCCUCGACCUUGCUCAGCCUGCACAAGGUGGAUCCCUUUUAUCGAUUCCGGCUGAUCCAAUUCUAUGAGGUGGUGGAGAGCUCCUUGCGCGCGCUGAGCUCCUCCAGCCUGCGGGCUCUGCAUUGCGCCUUCAGUGUGCUGGAAACGGUGGGUGUCAACCUCUUUCUCUACCCAUGGAAGAAGGAAUUCAGAAGCAUUAAGACCUACACGGGCCCCUUCGUUUAUUAUGUCAAGUCCACGUUACUGGAAGAUGAUAUCCGAACGAUCCUGAAUUACAUGGGCUACGUGCCUGAGCUGGGGACUGUGUACAAGCUCACAGAAUUGGUGGAGAGCCUGCAGGUGAAGAUGGUCUCCUUUGAACUCUUUCUGGCCAAGGUGGAGUGUGAGCAGAUGCUGGAAAUCCACUCCCAAGUCAAGGACAAAGGCUACUCCGAGCUGGACGUGGUAAACGAGCGCAAGAGCAGUGCGGAGGACGUGCGGGGCUGCUCCAACGCCCUGCGGCGGCGGGCGGAGGCCCGGGAGCACCUCCCCGCCUCCAUGGCUCGAGUGGCACUCCAGAAGUCGGCCAGCGAGCGGGGGGCCAAGGACUACUACAAGCCGCGUGUGACCAAACUCUCGAGGUCAGUGGAUGCCUACGACAGCUACUGGGAGAGUCAGAGCCGGAAGCCACCCCUGAAGACCUCUCUGAGCCUGCGGAAGGAGCCUGUGGCGGCAGAGGUAGGGGAUGACCUCAAGGAUGAGAUCAUCCGCCCGUCCCCCUCGCUCCUGACCAUGUCCAGCUCCCCCCAUGGCAGCCCUGAUGACCUUCCAUCCUCCUCCCCCAGCAAUGGCCUUGGCCUGCUGCGUGGCACGUACUUCUCUGCUCAGGAUGACGUGGAUCUCUACACCGACUCAGAACCGAGGGCCGCAUACCGGAGGCAGGAUGCCCUGCGACCGGAUGUGUGGCUGGUCAGAAAUGAUGCCCACCCUCUCUACCACAAGCACUCCCCCCCCACCAAAGAGACCACCCUAUCCAAGUGCCAAAACUGCGGCCUGUCCUGUAGCUCCUCCCUCUGCCAGCGCUGUGGCAGCCUGCUCCCCUGUCCCCCAGCCUCCAAGCCCAGCACCUUCCCCAGCAAGUCCUCCACCCAUGACAGCCUGGCCCAUGGGUCAUCUCUGAGGGAGAAGUAUGCGGGCCAGACUCAGGUGCAUCUCCAUUCAAAAUCCAAGUCCUCCACCACAGCCACCUCCCGCUGUGGCUUCUGUAAUCGCCCAGGUGCCACCAACACCUGCACCCAAUGUUCGAAAGUUUCCUGUGAUGCCUGCCUCAACGCCUACCAUUAUGACCCCUGCUGCAAAAAAAGCGAGCUGCACAAGUUCAUGCCCAACAACCAGCUGAACUACAAGUCCACCCAGUUCUCCCAUCUCGUGUAUAGAUAAACUGGGCCUUGCACCUCCCUGCUACAAGGGCUACAUCACUGAUCUUUCUGGUUUCAUGGGGAAGAAGUGUUAAUGCAUUGAUCUGGGAAGCUGAGAACUGCACUUGACCAUGUAGGUGCCGGGCAUCUGGGUCAGCUGCACCAUGUGGGAGUUCACUUAGUAACUAACUUAUUUCAGCUGAUGGCUGCUUUGUCUCCUGACAAGGGAGAGGGUGGCGCUUCCAUUCAGAUUCAUUUUUGCUAAUCUCUCCAAACCCCCCCCCCCCCUUUUUUUUUUUUAAGAGAGGAUUUCUAUCUCUGGGAUUCUUGCCACAUCUGCCGUUCCCACCACAAAGCCAACUUGGACUGGGAAGGGCCCUCCAGGUCACUUCCUGGAUUGGUGAGCUAGAGGCCUGUUGGCUUGUGAAAUGAGCCCUCCUGCCACACUGGGCCUCUUCCAAUGGCUCAUCCCCCUUGCCACCCCCUCCCCAGACACAGUGUUAGCGGAAUGCCAUCCUGUGGCCACCACAGCUCAGUUCAGCCCGUGGCGCCUGUGAACUUUGCUCCAACACAUUGAAGUGUGGACCUUCAACAGCAGGACUCCCCUUUCUGUUGUUUGCACAUGCCCCUCUUACUGUACUGUAAAUAGGUAAUUUUUGAAGUUUAUUUUUAAAUAAAUAUUCAUCUUGCUGUGCGUUUCAAAGUGGUUAAAACAUGUAGCUAUUUAUAAAGAUGCCCGGGUUCUUCAGUCUUCCAAGGGAGCAUCUCAUGCCCUUCUGUGAGGUGUCCUCCACUCACUGCAGUGAAGGUGGAGCAGUGUGGGGGCAGAGGAGGCACAGAGACAGUAUUCCUGAGUCGGUGGAGAACCACUGUCUUCCCUACAAUAAAUCUUUAUACACCUACCUCCAGUGUGCACUCCGGGGGUCAGUGUGGGCCAGGAGGUCGGUGCACCUGCAGACUGUGAAAACCUAGUGACGAGUCAGGAACCUCACCUGCGGAUCUACAGCCUGGUCUUUGCCACUUGCCGAGUGUGAACCUUGCACUCCAAACUUCUUCAGUCUUGCUUCAGAAGGAAACUCAUUUGGGAUUUCCAUCACCCCUCCAUCUCGGUCCUCCUCUCUUCACCUGUUUCCAGGACUCUGCAACGUUUGCGAUCUUUUUGCACUAAAAGUGGGCAGGAGCUGGCAUGCACCCAUGAAUAGGUGUGUCUGGAGAUUCUCAGCUGAGCCUAAGCAUUUCCAAACCCGAAGGCCCUUUAAACUCCUCAUGUGAAUGACUGAGCCCUGGAUUUUCCUUUCGGGGUGCAGAGCAGGAGUGGGGCAAGAGUUUGAAAAUAAAACUGAUUCCUUGUGAAAUAAUAAUAUAUUCUAGCCAUAAAUGUGAUGUACAGAAUGUUAUAGGAAUUUACAUUCAGUGGGUUUUCUGGUGGAAGGAGGUAUUCAGCUCUUGAACAAAUUUAGAUCUGGCUGAAUCCUGAGGCCACUGUGAAUUUGCUGGUAUUCUUCCAACUCAGUUGAGUGAUUUUAAGGAUUUUCAAAUCUUCUAUGGCUUUUUUAUAUAUCUAGUAGAUCAGAUGUAGAUAUUCAAUGUGUAUGUAAAGCUGAAUUUCAACUAACUUUAUUACUAAGAUCACCCCUUUCUGGGGCAUUCAUCUUUGAUGUUCUUCCUUUCCACAUUUCAGAAGUGUUAAUGCCUGUCCCACUCCUGAGAGCUCUAGUUUUCUAGUUUUCCAUUUCCACAUCACUCCAGCACUACAGUAACUCUUAACCAGCCAUGAUGCCACGUAACUUAUGCAGUGGACAAAAGCAGGCAUGGCUACCUUAUUCUCAGAGAGAAAGUCCAGUAUCUGUAUCAUCCCGGAAAUACCGUGUCCGUGGACUGGAACAGGAACUGCUCUGACUGAGCUCCUCCUUUGUGUGUGUCUUACUGUAUGAAGUUGCUGUGAGUGAGAAAGUUAAUUAUAUGCUAAUUUAAAAGUGCAGAUGUUUUGCAUUUGAUUUCUACCAAGAGUUGAAAUGUUGAGAGAUGAUAUAAAAAAAAAUAAAGUGUCUUCCAUUAUUAAA